UCGUGGAUUAUGCUUCCAUCGCCGUUCGACAGUCCAACUCUCCGUCAGGUUUCAUCAUCAUCGAUUAAUUCGAAGACUUUUUUGAUUCCUUUCGAAAAGAUACGAAACCAAAGUAAUGGAUUAGAAUAUUCAGAUUCCUAAUCAUUUUUGUUUCAUCUCCCACAAUUUCUAGCCAACCGGUGGCCCCCUUAUCCCCAAUUCUUUAAUUAACAAUCCAAAAUUUAUAGAUUUUCCCAUAUGUCCUUUACUCCUCAGGCUUCAAGCCGGCUCUCUUCCCGUUUUGACUUCACUCUCUUGAAUCUCUCUCCCCACCUCGAAUUCCCAGAGGUUUUUAAAAUCGGGUGGAGCUAAAAUUACUACUCAAAUGGCCAUAGAAUCAAUGGAUACUCGAGACGAAGAGACGCCACUGGUUGGUGAUUUUUCGGAAAGUGAAACUCCCAAGAAUCGGACGAGGGACGUUCAUAUUUUGAGCGUUGCGUUCUUGUUGGUCUUCCUUGCUUACGGAGCUGCUCAGAAUUUGGAAACUACUGUUAAUUCCGAAGGAAACUUAGGAACGGUGUCGCUUGGGAUUCUUUAUGUAUCUUUUGCGUUUUUCUCGUUGUUUGCUUCGUUGGUGGUUAGAUUACUGGGGUCGAAAAAUGCUGUUGUUCUGGGGACUACGGGUUAUUGGUUGUACAUAGCUGCAAACUUGAAGCCUACAUGGUAUACUAUGAUUCCAGUUUCUGUGUAUAUGGGUUUUGCGGCUUCAAUAAUAUGGGUCGGGGAGGGGACAUAUCUUACUUCGAUUGCUCGCAGUCAUGCUAGAGAUACCGAAUUACAUGAAGGAACUGUGAUUGGUAACUUCAAUGGAGAAUUUUGGGCAGUCUUUGCUCUUCACCAGUUAGUUGGAAAUCUUAUCACACUUGCAGUUCUACCAAAGGGAAUGGAAGGAAGUACCAGCACCAGCAGCACGACUUUGCUGUUCAUCGUGUUUCUUUGUAGCAUGACAUUAGGUACAAUUCUCAUGUGUUUCAUAUGUAAAACCAAUGACAAAGAAGCGAAGGUAUCAGAAGAUUCAUCUGUCAGUUUUUAUUCUGCUGUGGCUUCUCGGUUGAAGUCAGUUAUCCUUCCCUUGCUCGACAUACGGAUUCUGUUGGUCAUUCCUCUUAUUGCUUAUUCAGGAUUACAGCAAGCUUUUGUAUGGGCUAAUUACACUAAGGAUAUUGUUAACCCAAUUCUUGGAGAGGCUGGUGUGGGUGGUGCAAUGGCAGUUUAUGGUGCUUUUGAUGCAAUCUGUUCGCUGGCAGCUGGUCGACUCACAUCUGGAAUCAAGUCAAUAACUAUCAUUGCCUGCGGUGGAGUAUUUUUUCAGGCAUUGAUAUUCCUCUGGCUUUGGCUAAAAUACAGCGCAACUAGUGGAGUGCUCGGCAUUUUAUACCCUCUUCUCAUGGCAGCUGUACUGGGCAUCGGUGAUGGGGUUUUGAAUACACAGCUCAGUGCUUUGCUUGCACUACAUUUUAAGCAUGACACGGAAGGAGCAUUUGCGCAGCUGAAGGUGUGGCAGAGUUCCGCCAUUGCAGUUGUGUUCUUCUUGAGCCCGGCCGUCACGUUGCAGACAAUGGUGGUCAUCAUGCUUGUUGCAAUUUUGGUUGCAUUGAUUUCAUUUCUAUUCCUUAGUCUAAAGAUAGAGAAAGCAUUCUCUUAGCUCUAAGUUCUCGAUUUCGAAAUAUUUCAGGCUGCUAUGAUAUGAUCAAUGUUUCUUCAAGUGUGAGAGAACUAUAUAUAUAUUUACAAGUCUGGUUUUCAAUAUCAAUUUGUAGUUUUCAAAAUC